AUGAUUAAAAGGUUGAACAUCAAAUUUUUUAAAAAUAUUAUAGCAGAUAAACAAUUAAAAUUUAUAAAUAUCAACAGUACACCAUACAAAACAAAUCAUAUAAAUUUUAAUUAUUGUUAUAACAGUAAUCAUAUAAAUUUUAAAAAUAAUGAUUUCAGUAAUAACUUUCCAUUUAAAAAUUUUAAUAUAAGAUUUUAUACAACAAGUGAUAAUAAAAAAGAUAUAAAUACAAUAAAUAAAGAAGAAAUACUUAAUAAUAAUAAUAAUAGUAAUAAUAGUAAUAAUAGUAGUAAUAGUAAUAGUAAUAAUAAUAAUAAUAAUAAACAGGACAAAGAUUAUUAUAAUAGUUUUAAAAAUGAUAAUGCUAACAAUGAAUUUAAGCAAAAGUUAGAAAAUGAAAAAAUACAAGAAAUUAAAAAUUUAUUUGAUGGAAGAGCACUCUUAAUGUUGGUAGUUAAAAUAACAUUAGUUAAUUAUUUAAUAAGAUAUUAUAUUUUAGAUUUUACAUAUUGUCAGGGUUCUUCAAUGCAACCAACAAUUAAUUCAGGUGCAGUUUUAUUAAUUAAUAGAUUAACAAGAGAUUUUCAAGUUAAUGACUUAGUUACAGCAAUUUCACCAACUACUGGAGAUUAUAAUAUUUGUAAAAGAAUUAAAUUUGUUGAGGGUGACACAAUUCUUUUCCAUUCAGACACUGGUACAGUUUUAUUUACAAUUCCAAAAGGCUAUGUUUGGAUAGAGGGAGAUAAUCCAAGUACAUCAAAAGAUUCAAGAAGCUAUGGCCCAAUCCCAAAAAGACUAUUAACGGGCAAAGUUAUUUUAAGAUUAAAUCCAUUAUCUUUGUUAAAAGACGAGCCACCAGAAACUGAAACCCAAAAAAUUAAUUAA